AUGCGCUACACUGUUUUUUUCAUAGCUCUCUUAUUAUUAUUAUACAUUCAGGAAGAAUGCAAUGGCAUUGGUCGUUUAUGUAAAAACGAAAAACAAUGUUCAGAUGGACAGUAUUGUAUUUGGGGAAAAUGCCUUUGUUUUAAUGGGCAAAUUCUCAGCAAUAAUAGAUGUGUUAUGGAUUUUUAUUGCCAAAAUGGGCAAGAGGUUUAUCACGAUGGACAAUGCUAUCAUCUAUCAGCAAUCGGUGAGAAAUGCCUUAUCAAUGAGCAAUGCUACGGCGAAUCAUUCUGCAUAAAUAAUUCUUGCACCUGUCUUCACGAAACAGUUAAUGUGAAUGGAAUAUGUCAAAAAAGAAAUUUACGAUCUAUUCGUCAAUGCGAAAUUCAUCAAAUUUCUGUUCAUGGAGAAUGCUUAGAUAUUGUCGCAAUUGGGGAAGUUUGUCAAAUAGAUGCGCAAUGCUCUGGUGGCGCUAAUUGUUUCAAUCAACAUUGUUCAUGUCCGCCAGGAACUGUUCAAAAUGAAAAAAUAUGCAAAGCAUCGAAUUGCUCAAGAAAUGAAGUAUUAAUUAAUGGAAAAUGCUUGUCACGGAUAAUUCCCGGCCAACAGUGCAAGCACUCAGUGCAAUGUCUAGAUGGGUCACAGUGCUCGUCUGUGACACACAUUUGUGGUUGUAUUGAAGGAAUGAAUAAUGUUGGCGGAUACUGUCGGAAAUUAUCGUACACUGAUCCAUGUGAUUCAAUUUCAAUGGUAUACGUUAAUAAUAGUUGUGUGGAGAUCACAAAACCAGGUGAUCAAUGUAUUUAUGAUUUGCAAUGUCUCAGUGGGUCUAUUUGUACAGAUGGCUACUGUAACUGUCCACAGGGUACUACAAAUAUUAAUGGAUACUGUACUGGAUCUGUCUUAUGUAAUCAAGAUGAAAUAUUAUUGAAUAAUCGUUGUUUCAAACGAGUUACACUCAAUGAAUUAUGUUUUGUAAAUGAACAAUGUCCCAAUAAUGCUAUAUGCAAUUAUGCAGCUCGAUGUGUUUGUCCAGUUGGAAUGAUGGCAAUAAAUGGUCACUGUCAACCUUCUCAAAUCAUUUAUUGCAAGGAUGUCGAAGUUUUGGUAAAUGGACGAUGUAUCAGAAGACGUGUUCCAGGUACGUCAUGCUUAGCUAAUGAGCAAUGCUUAGAUGAAUCACUUUGCAUAAAUGGAUAUUGUAGAUGUACCAAUGAUACUGAACUUCUUUCUAGAUAUUGCAUUCGACGUAAUAAAACUAAAAAUUGUGAUACAUAUCAAAUUUAUAUUAAUGGUAAAUGCUUAGAUUUAGCAAUACCAGGUGAAGAAUGCAUUAAUAAUAUGCAAUGUAUUGCAGCAGCUUCAAUAUGUCAUGCUGGUAAAUGCAUAUGUUCAAAUGGUUAUAUUGAAGUGAAAAAAUAUUGUAUUCGAGAUCAUUUUAGACCUUCAGCGAAAUGCCCUGAUAAUCAGAUUUUAAUAAAUGGUCAUUGCUAUGAGUUUGCUAAAAUUGGCCAAUAUUGCAUCGAUACAGCUAUUUGCUUAGGUAAUGCCAUUUGUUACAAUAAUUAUUGCAUCUGUCCAAAUGGUACAAUUGCGCAAAAUGAUCGAUGUGAAAAUGUGAAGCAUUGUUUGAGGAAUGAAAUUCAAAUUGAUGGACAAUGCUAUCCAAAAAUUAAUAUUGGACAAUAUUGUCAAUUUACUAAGCAAUGCGUAUCAAUUUCAACUUGUCAAAAUAGCAUUUGUACCUGUCCACCAGGUACUGUAGCACAAAAUAACAUCUGUAUAUCAUCUGGCUUAUGUCCUACUAGCCAAUUACUUAUAAAUGAAAAUUGCUGGGAUAUAGCCUAUAUUGGACAGCAAUGUCAGUUUACACGACAGUGUCAAGGCUAUUCCAAAUGUGUCAACAAUAUAUGUCAAUGUGCUAAUGAUACAAUCAUACGUGAUGGAUUAUGCUUUAAGGAACAUUGCAAUAGUAAUGAAAUUAAAAUUAAUGGAAUAUGUUUUAAAUUGGCAAAAAUUGGUGAAUUUUGCUAUUACACGGAGCAAUGUGAAAUGAAUGCUAUUUGUCAAGCAGAUAGAUGCAUAUGUCCACCAGGUACAAUUAACUCAAAUGACACCUGUAUUAUCAAUUCAAAUUGUCAACCAUAUCAGAUUUCAAUUAAUGAUUCAUGUCUUGAUACUGUUUCUAUUGGAAUGACUUGCCAAGAUAAUUCUCAAUGCAUUGAAUCAUCAAAUUGUAUGAUCGGAGGAGGAAGUUUGAAUAAUUUAAAUAUUCGAACGUGUCAAUGUAAUAAUGGUACGAUAUUUACUGGCAGUGAAUGUUUACCGUCAACAAUAAAAUGUCCAUUGUCAACUGUUUAUACUUUCAAUAAUGUUUGUUAUGCAUUAGUUGAAAUUGGACAAUUUUGUUUGUUUACAAUUCAAUGUAUGGGUUAUUCGAUUUGUUCACGACAAAUAUGUAAAUGUCCAAUUGGUUAUUAUAACAUUCGUAAUGCUUGUAGAAAAAAUUAA